AUGGGAAUCCUUCAAACUGUCUUCAAGGCAGAAGACGACAUCCAGGGCUCCAAGUUCCGGGCCGUUUUCAUCGGGCUGUUCGUAGCCUUCGGUGGUGUUCUGUUCGGCUACGAUACCGGAACUAUCUCUGGUAUCCUGGCCAUGGACUAUGUCAAGGAACACUUCACUUCGUCUGGCGAGUUUACGGCCGGCGAAACAUCGCUUAUCACUGCCAUUUUGUCUGCUGGUACCUUCUGCGGUGCAAUCCUCGCUCCACUAGCAUCCGACACGUUGGGUCGUAGACUCGGGCUCAUUAUUUCCACAAUCAUCUUUACCGUUGGUGUUAUUCUCCAAAUCGCGGCUACCGGACAAACUCUCUUGAUCGUCGGCAGAGUCAUUGCCGGUGCCGGUGUUGGUGUUUUGUCUGCCAUCGUCCCUCUAUACCAAGCCGAGGCGUCUCCUAAAUGGAUCAGAGGUGCUGUCACCGCUUGUUACCAAUGGGCAAUCACCAUCGGACUCUUGCUCGCUGCCUGUGUUAACCAGGGUAGUCAUGCCAGAAACGACACCGGCUCCUACAGAAUUCCAAUCGCAAUCCAGCUCCUAUGGGCUUUGAUCAUGUUUGUGGGAAUGGUGUGUCUCCCCGAAUCGCCAAGAUUUUUCGUCAUGAAGGGCAAAGUUCCUGAAGCAAGUAGAGCUUUGUCCAGACUUAGAGGUCUCCCUGAAAGCCACGAAUACGUCGAGUCUGAACUCGAGGAAAUUGUUGCUAACUACAACUAUGAGAGAUCUUUUGGAUCCACUUCCAUAUUUGAUUGCUUCAAGCCUGCCAACCAUCAAUUGAAACGUAUUGUGAUCGGUAUCUCCAUUCAAGCAUUACAACAAUUGACCGGUAUCAACUUCAUUUUCUACUACGGUACUCAAUUUUUCCAAAACUCCGGUAUUAAUAACCCUUUCAUCAUUCAAUUGAUUAUGGGAAUUGUCAACGUGGUGAUGACAGUUCCAGGUAUUGCCUUAGUUGAAAUCGCAGGAAGAAGAAACUUGCUUCUAUGGGGUGCCGUUGGUAUGUGCGUCAGUGAACUUAUCGUGGCUGCUGUUGGCACUGCGCUGCCCGAUAGUUUCGCUGGAAAUAAGACCUUAAUUGCCUUCUCUUGUACUUUCAUUGCCUCUUUUGCAGCCACUUGGGGCCCACUGGCCUGGGUUGUUGUUGGUGAGAUUUAUCCAUUGAGAGUUAGAGCCAAAUCUGUUGCCAUUUGUGCUGCGUCUAACUGGCUAUUCAACUUUGCCAUUGCCUACGCUACUCCAUACCUUGUCGACGCUCAAUACGCAAACCUACAGUCUAAAGUGUUUUUCAUCUGGGGAGGCUGCACUUUCUUGUGCUUUCUUUUCGUGUACUUCUUCGUCUACGAAACUAAGGGCCUCACUCUUGAGCAGAUCGACGAGUUAUUCGACAGUUGCCCAAGCGCCCGCCACUCCAAGCGUUUUAUUCCUUCCGAAGGCUUUGCUAUUCACAACGCCAACUCUUCCGACAUGGACAAAGCCGAGGUUAUGGCCGUUGAAAAGGUUUGA